AUGACUGAUGUUAAUAAUAUUGAAAUAUUAGAAAAAAUGAACACAUGUCUUACAAUAAACAUAUUGAAAAACGACCAUCUACCUAUGCAAUUAUGCCAGAUGUGUUUAAACAAAUUGGAGGAUAUAUAUAUAUUUCGCAAGAUGGUAUCAGAAAAUCAAAAUCUGUUGAUCAACUACUUAAAAACUGGAACAGAUGAGUUGAAUAAAUUUUAUUUGAAAUUGAAAAAUGGAAUAGAUGUUAAAGAUAGUGGCAACAUGAAUUAUAACGAAAAUAAACUUCUAAACGUUUCAAAGCUCACAUCUAAUACUAAUGAUAUUCCAAAUAACAAUAUCAAACAUGAAAUCAUAGACAAUUUUGAUAGUUCCAUAAACUACAGCUCUGAAGACGAAAUUAGUCUGUCAUCAUUGAAAAAGGCAAAAGAAGAAAACUAUAAUGCCAAAAUGGAAAUAAAUAAAAGUAAUUUAAAUGAAAAUUUCAAAUGUCUUAUGUGUAUGGAAUUAGUUGAUAGUCGAGGUAGUCUACUUUGGCAUUAUAAUAAAGUACAUGCCAGUAAAGAGGGUAGUACAAUAUCAGAUGUGGAUUAUUCUAUAUUGUCUUCAAAUGGUAUAAAUGUGUACAAAUGUAAUAAAUGUAACAAGAAGUAUAGCAAUAAUAAAAGCAUAAACAGACAUGUAGUUGGACAUACGGAAAGUAGACCUUUUAUUUGUAAGAUCUGUGGUAGGACAUACAAAACAGCAUCCGAUAUUGUCCGUCAUGGGAGAGUGCAUAAUGGAUACAAAUUUUACUGUGCCCACCAGUGUGGCUACAGCACAGUAUAUAUAGGAGCAUUGAAGGAUCAUCAGCGAAGACAUCGAUUGGAACAUAAGUACAAAUGCGAGAAAUGUGGCAAAGGCUUCCAAGUAAGGACCUGGUAUGAACAACAUCAGAAUAUACAUAAUGGGUUGAAGCCGUACGUUUGUCACUUGUGUGGGGUCGCAUUUCAUAUGGACAGGUACCUUACAGCCCACCGUACCGCGGUGCACCCCCAAUCUUCAAAACUGAAGCGUUACAUGUGCGUACAUUGCUAUUUACCGUGCGACUCUAUGAAGGCCCUCACGGAGCAUUUGAAGGAGCACGGCAUUAAGUCUAGUUUCCUAUGUGACGUUUGUGGUAAAACUCUGACGAACGCCGAACAACUGAAAUUCCACAAGAGGACGCAUUUAGGAGAGAAACCCUAUAAAUGCAGCACCUGUAACAAAUCAUUCGCAAAGAAAUUUAACUUACAACUGCAUCAACGCACGCACACAGGCGAGCGUGCGUACGCGUGCGCACGUUGUGAUAAGAGGUUCACACAACGCAGCACUCUACUGAGACACAACGCGAGGCAACACGCUGGAUUGGAAAUUUUGAAAUGCAAGAAUUGCUAAGAAAAAUUUACGUCCCGGAAUCAACUCGGCGUCCAUCAGAAGUCAUGUGCAUGACCAUAUCACAGCCCUCGACUUAUUGAGGGCAUUCUCUUUUGCAAAUUUAAAAUUUACUAUUUUGA